AUGGCUCAACAUGGCCACAGCGCUGCUUGUUGCAGUAUCCCGCCCGUGGUGUCGAAGGGCUACAAGGAGAAGGGGAAAUACGAGACAGUUGGGGGGCUAAAGACUUAUGUGACUGGCCCCUCUGAUGCUUCUGUCGCCCUCCUCUUUAUCUACGAUAUUUUUGGCUAUUUCCCGCAGGCACUCCAAGGUGCCGAUAUUUUGGCUACGCCUGGGAAAGAUCACCAGUAUCAGGUCUUUAUACCCGAUUGGUUUGAGGGCAAUGCCGCGGAUAUUUCUUGGUACCCACCGGACAACGAAGAAAAAGGAAAGAAGCUUGGCAACUUCUUCAAAACUACUGGUGCUCCUCCAAAAACGGCUGGGAGAAUUUCUGGUUAUUUGAAGGAAGCCGAAAAAUUCAACCCCAACAUCAAGACCUGGGGUAUUGUAGGAUUUUGCUGGGGCGGUAAAGUUGUCUCCCUCGUCACAUCCACCGAUUCUACACCCUUCAAAGCCGCCGCCGAGUGCCACCCCGCGAUGGUUGACCCGUCUGAUGCGAUCAACAUCAACAUCCCACUCUGCUUUCUAGCCUCGCGAGACGAACCGGAAGCCGAUGUCCAGAAGUUCGAGGCUAACCUUACGGGCGAUAAGCACUUCGAAACAUUUAAAGACCAGAUUCAUGGAUGGAUGGCUGCCAGGGGCGACUUAGAGGAUGCUAAGGUGAAAGAGGAGUAUGAGAGGGGAUAUAAGAUUCUCCUGGCGUUCUUUGGGAAGUAUUUGUGA